CUUGCUAUUGGGCAGGAAAUGGAGGAGCGGGCUAAUCCCAACCCCAGGGCGAGUGAGAAUGUGGAACUGCCUCGUCGUAACCCUAGGGGAUUUCCCAUCCCAUGUUCCCCAAAAUUGCAACUCGACAUGAACAUGCAGUGGAGAGUCAAAGGGAAAGAGAUGCAGGGUGCUGGCCAUGCUCCCCGUGAUUCCAAAAGCUCUCGUAAACCUGGAGUGAUGGGACGGACAGGAGACUGCCAUGAGGAGGGAAAACGGAAACCAUAGGGGCGUGCCAUUCGAGGGAUGGCUCCGCCUAACUCCGCCACGCCUGCGACCGAUCACAGCCUCCCUGUAGAGGUGGAAACCCGGCAAAGGAGACUGUUGUUGGAAGAGGAAUCGGAGGAUGAGGUCUCGCCUAUGUUUGCUUCACUCCAUGGCGGGGGGCGGGCUGGGGAGUUGGCUGCUCUCGAUGUGCCGCGGCCGAGCAAGACUUCCACUGCGAAGCCCGUACAUGCAAGCCCACUUCAGCUGGUCAAGAAUGAGGGCGGCAAGAUGGCGAGGGAACCUGCUGUCACCGCUACCAGGAAAGGAAAACUGAGAAAGAAUAGCUCCCUCAAUUUCCCUCGCAUGCACUCAAAGGCGGUGAAUUUUGAGGAAGGAGCAUGGGUGAAUGUCCCUGUUCGGGAAGGAAUGGUGAAGGCUCCGUCUCUAAUUAAUAGCCUUGAGUCGUCCCUAGAAAAGAAUGUGAGGAUUGAGUUAAUUGAGACUAGUUGUGAAGGCGAUGGGGAUCGCUUUGAGUUGCGAAGUCGGAGGCAGGGUCCGGAUGGAUCGAGCACUGGUCAUGUGCAACAAGUGGUUCGUGCUUUUGAGGCGGGGAUGAGUUUUCAUACUGAUCCCUCCUCCCCCAGGGUGCAAGCCGCGCCUAAUCCGAUUAUUUGCGGGCUUGGGGUUGAGACGUCCUCUGCGUUGACAGGGGAGCUUGGGGAUCUGAACGAGUAUGGAUCCAAUGAUGCUGCCUUGCUGAGCAAAGACAGGAAAAGAGCUUUUCAGGCGGCCGAUGGGGACGAAUGUGAACCCCCUACACCCAAGAAAUAGUUUGUGGAAGAAAAAGAUGCUGCUGAGAUGGUGGAGGAAACAAGCCUAAAAUGGUCCCAAUAAGGUAAAUGAGGCUUCUGGCCUAGAAUGUGAGAGGAAUUGGGUCAUCCCUCACAUUUCAAACUGCUUUGAGUUUAGUACAUUCGAAUAAACCGGAUCUUGUUUUCUUUUCUGAAACACGAGCUCGCCGGAAAUUAGUUUCCCGUCGGUUGCAGGGCCUAGGUUUUGAGUCUUCGAACAUUUUUUUGUGGAUGCUAUUGAAGCAUCUGGUGGUCUUGUUGUCGCUUGGUCCCCCGAAGUUGACGCUUCGGUGUUUUAUCAUUCGGAUUUUAAUAUUGGAAUUCGUAUUAAUGAAUCGGAUUUUUCUUAUGUUGCCUUUUGUGUUUACAUUAGUUGUAACCUGUCUACCAGAGCCACUCAAUUGGCUCUUCUUCGUGACAUUUGUGUCGAGAUUCAACUCCCAUAUGUGGUGAUGGGGGAUUUCAAUACCACCCUACAUGCUCAUGAGAAAGAUGGGGGAAAUGCUUGGAAUAGUGCCCAAUCGAUUAGUCUCCGUGACUUUAUCAUUGAUCUUGAGUUGCAUGACCGUGUCUAUCAAGGGGAUACUUUCACUUGGACUAACAAACGGUUAAGUAAUGC